GAGGAGGAGGACAUGCUGGGACUGGCAGGUCGGCCAGAGGUGGAGCCACAGAGACAGGAACCUGUUUGAAGGAUUCAGAACCUGAGAAAAACUGGAUCAGGAUGUUUGGCUCCAACUUCUGCUGCAGGUCGCUGAGAAUCAGCUGUAACCUUUGACCCCCAUUACCAUCAGAGUUGUGUCUACCUGAGGGGGCGGAUCCCGAAAGAGUUCAGGGACGUAAACAUGGCCGCAACUUCUACGGUGCUGAGCCGGGGUCUUGGUCUGGUCCUGGUGGAGUUCAAGUAUGAGUACAUGGAUCGGGAUGGGGUUCUAGUCUCCAUCAAACCAAAUGAGCGCUACAUUCUGUUGGCCAAGUCCAACGACCACUGGUGGCAAGUCCGAAACGACAGCAACUCCAAACCCUUUUACAUCCCGGCCAAAUAUGUCAAGGAGCUGCCCACAGAGUUACCGUCUCCACUCGACUUUGUCGACCCAUCCAGUCUGGAGCCUCCUAAUCAUCCGGUGUUGGCUCCGGCUCCUGCUCCUGUUCCUGUACCUGUACCUGUUCCUGUCCCGGUUCCAAAGAACCUGGAGGACCCGGGGGGAACCAGAACCAAACAAAACGAUGAGGUGAUGAUCCAUGUAAGACCUGACACCUCUAAUCGCCACCAUCGGAGUGAGAACCGCAUGUCCACAUUUGGCGUACCCCUAGACCUGCCAGACCUGUCGCAUGUUGGGUCGUCAUCAAGGGUCCACGGCACACACCCUGCUUGUUCUGCUGAUACCGGAACCACAGCUUCCACUCGGACUACAAACGUGGCAGACAGUAAAAAGCAGCCUCAAAUACAGGCCCUCCUUGAAGACCAAACUGAUUCGGCGAAACCACGAGUUCCAAGCUUCAGUCCAGCUGACCCUCGGAUCGGCAGCCGGCCCCAGAACCAUCCCAUCCCCGUGGAGAUGCCGACCGUUCCCCCUAACAGUAGGACAUCUGAGGAAAUUUUGCUUACUUCACAUGACAGCAAGCAUCACAAAGAGGAACCAGAGGAGGAGGAAGAGGAGGUGGUGCCUGAGGAGGCAACAAGCUCGGAGAGCAGUGAAGAAGAGGAGGAGUGCCGAGGUCACCACAUCUACGAGUCCAUCCAGGACCUGAACCUGAACCUGGAGGCUCUGUGUAGAGAACAAAAGGGUCCAUCAGCACCUUCAGAAUCCGCACCUCAAGAAUCGGUACCUCCUGCUUCGAUCCAGCCCGCUUCACAGGACCAAACGUCGCAGGGCCCUAGCUCACCCAUAUACGCAAACGUCUCCUCCCUGAAGAAAACUUCUCAGCCUCAGAUCUCUAUCACUUCCCAGCCCCCUGCAGACUCUGAACCUUCAGCAGCAAAUGAUGCCGUCUUAUCUACCAGCUCCUCCUCCAGCAGGAUAAGCCCCGCCUCCCCUGGGAGCCCACAGGAUGUAUGGCAGGAGCACACUGAUCAGGGGAGUGGAAGGAGGUUUUAUUACCAUCCUCUGACUAGACAGACCACCUGGUCGGAUCACCGAGUUCAUCCACCGACCGGUGACAUGGACCCAUACAGUCCGCUCUCCCCAGCCUCCUCCCAGGGUUCUGGUGACUGGGAGGAGGUGACGGAUGGGGCCACAGGCAGGGUCUACUACUACAACCCAAACACAGGAGCCACAUCCUGGGAUCCACCUGACCCAAAGUCCCCUUCAUCUCCUCCUGGAUCCAAGCAGGAUUCUGGCCCGCCUCCGCUACCAAAGGCGGAUUAUCCCGUGGGCAAACAUUGCGAUGAGGAAGACUCUGUAUUUAUGAAGCCACUUCCUCAGAUUCCAAGAGCUCAGCUGGACCUGAAGGACCCGACUAGCCAACAGAGGCAGCAUGAGCAGAGGCUGGUGGGAAAUGGAGUUUCUGUUGGGGGAGGAGCUCCCCAGGCAAGGAGCUUAAGACACAGUAUCGCUGAAGAUGUGUUUUCCCCUGGACACAGAAGGAUCUCCUCUGACCUCACAGACGCUUCCAGAAAGCCUUCUCCAGACAGUCCACAGUUCCCCAAUAGGUUCAGGCUGAGGAGGAAUCUAUCCAACCACAGCCCAGCCCCCUCUCAGCACCAUUGCCUUCUGCUGGAAAAGGCAGGAAUUGUUAACAAGACCAAAGUGGUUGAUCAUGGCAAAAAGAUAAGGAAGAACUGGAGUCAGUCCUGGACAGUUCUCCAUGGUGGGAUUCUUACUUUCCACAAAGACCCCAAAUUUUCUCCAGCUGGGAACAAUAUUAAAGCUGCACAGAUUGUUCCUGAGUACACAGUGGAACUGAGAGGAGCGACAGUUCAAUGGGCCUCAAAAGACAAGUCAUCAAAGAAGUUUGUUUUGGAGUUAAAGACUCGACAGGGCUGCGAGUAUCUGAUGCAGUACGAUACUGAGAGCAUCAUCGCAGACUGGUGCAAAGUCAUCCAGGACACCAUCCUUCAGCUGACGCCUCACCAGCCGGAACCGGAACAUCUAAGCGAUGAUGAUGAAGAUACAGGCUCAGACAGAGAGGAUAAGAAGAGAGCAUCCACCAGGAGCAACUUAGGAGCAGACUCGGAGCAGAGCCGGAUCCGGAGCAAACUGAGACGUUUCCUGCAGAGGAGGCCGACGCUGCAGAGCGUCAAAGAGAAGGGGUAUAUCAGAGACAAUGUGUUCGGCUGCUACCUGGACGUCCUCUGUAGCAGGGAAAGCUCCACCAUUCCCAAGUUUGUGGAGAAAUGCAUCCGGACGGUAGAGAGAAGAGGUCUGGAUGUUGACGGGAUCUACAGAGUGAGCGGGAACCUGGCGGUGAUCCAGAGACUCCGACACAAAGCCGACCAUGAAGAACAUUUGGACCUGGAUGACGGACAGUGGGAGGAGAUCCAUGUGAUCGCCGGAGCGCUGAAGCUUUUCUUCAGAGAGCUUCCAGAGCCGCUGUUUCCCUUCUACAGCUUUGAGAAGUUCAUCGCCGCCAUCCAGCUUCCAGACCACAGCCAGAGGGUCUCCUAUAUGAAAGACCUGGUCUCCUCUCUGCCGCUGCCGAACUACGACACCAUGAAGCUGCUCUUCAAACACCUGCGCAGGGUCAUCGAGCACAAAGAUUCUAACAGAAUGUCGGUGCAGAGCAUCGCCAUCGUGUUCGGACCCACGCUGCUCCGACCGCAGAUCGAGUCGGCCAACAUGACGGUCCACAUGGUCUUUCAGAGCCAGAUCGUGGAGAUCCUGCUCAACGAGUUCAAGGACAUCUUCUCUGAGAUGUAACUGGAGAUCCACUUUCACCUUCCAGAACAUUUUAAGGAACCUCCGUCAUUAUAUUUUCCAACCAGGAGAAGCUGGAACAAGUG